AUGGCUAACUACUAUGCCUUCACAGCGCGCCUCACUGCCCCGGAUACGUCCCAGCUCAGAGGCCAGGCGAGGAGAGGAGCAGAGCAGCUUGGAGAGUUUGGAGACUGUUUCUUUAGCCCCCCGGUCAUGGCUGGACGCUUCGGGAUACUCAGGGGCUUGGUCCUUCUGCCCAUGCUGUGCCUGACACUGGCCCAAGUGAAUGGUCCACCAGGCGGUCAGGGUCCGGUUGGUCCCCCUGGCCCCCCCGGCCCCUCAGGCAUGCCUGGGUCCGACGGCAUCGAUGGAGACCCAGGAUCCCCAGGAAACCCUGGAAGUCCAGGGCUCAAAGGAGAUCCAGGAGAGCCUGGUCCGGACGGGCCCGCAGGGGAGAAUGGCAUUGAUGGGCCACCAGGUCCCAUCGGACUCCCCGGUCAGCUGGGAAGAACCGGACCCAAGGCCAUCAUGGGACCAUCAGGACCUCCAGGACUACCAGGAGUGCCAGGGAAACCAGGUCCUCCAGGAAAGUUUCUUGGGGAGGAGGGCAGUGCAGAUUUCCAGUGUCCAACUAACUGCCCGGGAGGGAUGAAGGGACCCCAGGGUCUGCAGGGAGUGAAGGGACACAAGGGUCGCGCUGGUGUACUGGGAGAUUCAGGCAGCCUGGGGAAACUGGGCAUCAAAGGAGAGGUUGGAAUCUCCGGGGAGCAAGGCAUUCCCGGUCCCCCGGGCCCUGGAGGUUUGAGGGGUUAUCCAGGGAUGGUGGGGCCCAAAGGGGAAGCCGGUCCCCGUGGCUACAAAGGUAUUAUUGGGCCUAUUGGCAUCCCUGGACUACCAGGAGAGGAGGGGCCCCAGGGUCCACCAGGCAGUGCAGGCGAGAAAGGGGACGUGGGUGGCCGUGGUAUCAGGGGUGCACAGGGCGGUGUUGGCAAGAAGGGAGAGAAUGGUCUUCCUGGAAUUGACGGGAAAGAUGGCACACCCGGCAUUCCUGGAAUGAAGGGUUCCACAGGGCAGUCCGGCAUGCCCGGACUUCCCGGCCACCAGGGGGCAGCGGGUUUACCAGGAAGCCCCGGCACCAAGGGAGGAUCCGGGCAAAAGGGUGAGCCUGGGCCCAGGGGCAUGGUGGGAAUGUCCGGUCCUCCGGGACCUCAGGGCGAGCCUGGUCCUCCUGGCGAGGCAGGAAUGGAGGGGGUGCCAGGGCCAAAGGGAGACAGGGGUGAGAGAGGGCCUGUUGGUCGCCAGGGAAUUGUUGGCGACGCCGGUAUAAAAGGCGAGAGAGGGCCAAUGGGCAUUCCUGGGGCUCAGGGCAUUUCAGGAACAAAGGGCGAUAAGGGAUUCCAAGGAAAGGUUGGAAUGAAGGGAGACUUUGGAGAUCCAGGUGUGGAGGGCUUGGAAGGGGAGAAAGGAGAGAAGGGUUUGUCUGGUGAGCCGGGACCAAAAGGACAGCUAGGAGUGAGUGGUGAACCAGGCUUCAACGGGCCUACUGGAGACCCAGGCAAACCAGGAGAGCAGGGCCCCCCAGGACUUCCCGGGCCCCGGGGCCUCUUCGGAGAGCGAGGGGUGCCAGGCAUGCCUGGGAGGCAAGGAGCUUCUGGACGCGAUGCUUCGGAUCAGCAUAUUAUCGAGGUGGUGUUGAAAAUGCUGCAAGAGCGGUUGGCGGCAUUGGCGGUGAGCGCUAAGAGGGCCGCUCUGGGUGGGGCUGGGGUCAUGGGCCCCCCUGGCCCACCCGGGCCCCCAGGAGCACCGGGGCCACAAGGAGCACACGGCCUCACUGGCACCAGGGGAAUUCCGGGCAUGAUCGGCGCCUCUGGACAGAUUGGCAACACUGGACUCAAAGGAAAGAAGGGGGUGAAGGGUGUCAGAGGGGAUCCAGGCCGCCCGCACGCAGGCCAGCCCGGACCGCCUGGAAUCCCAGGUCUACCAGGUCUUGAUGGAGUCGCCCGCGACGGGAAGCCAGGCGAGAGGGGACCACGGGGUAUCGUGGGAGAAGCAGGGCGUCCUGGGAAAGCAGGUCCUGCUGGCCUCCCAGGGUUCUGUGAACUAGCGGCGUGUCUGGGAGCCUCAGCCUACACCUCCCCCCGGCUGCAGGAGGCUGGAACCAUCAAGGGGCCCUCCUUUUAA